CUUGGCGCUUGAAGAUGUCUCGACGCCACUUUCGCGAGAAAAUCCCUUUUUCCGCCAAAGUGUCCACUAGUUAGUGCCACAUUAUCACGUGUUCCUGUGUUAGAAAUUAUACUGCAGAAGGGAUUUUUUUGUCUCGCAAGUGGUUUGCACUUUACCUCCUUCAUCCCAUAGAAUCCACUAUAGUGCUUGUCAUAGUCGCUGCGGUGCAUUCUCGAGAAUAAUUUCAUAACAAAUAUGCCUCGAAAGUGCCCCAAGAAAAUAUGGUGAAGACCUACCGCGAAACAUCCAACGCCGAAGUGACUCAGUGUCUAUGAGAGUGUGAGAUUAAAAGUUGAUAACAUUUUCGAGAAAGUGGGUGUAAGAAAAUUGUGUUUCUGGUGACAAGACGAGAUGUCAGUACUUGGCCGUUUAAUUCAAGUGCAACUAUUUCUCUCAUAAGGCCAAUAAUAGAGAUUUCAGGCUCAGAAUCAACUGACGUGACAGUGAUUUUCAUUCACUUUUGCCCACAAGAAGUGUCUGUAAAGUCCCAGAAGGAGUAAGAUAUACAGAAGCAAUUACUAUAUAUUGUAAGGUGAUAAAGAGGGCUGCCCAAGUGAAUUAAGUAGGUGGAGUUGAAGGUGUAAUCAUCUGAGAGUUCAGCAAGGUUUACAAAUUUCGGCACCGUAAACUAAAUAUUUGUGUCCUACUGACAGUGAAAUACCUUCGUGCUCUCCAUUCCAUCCCGAGAAUCUUACCCAACAAGGCUAAAGAAUAUUCUGUAUAAACGCGCAACACCCAGGGCAAAAUUUUGAAUCCCGCACUUUUGUUAGCAUCAUCAUUCUCAAGUGGUUGAGAGAAGUGUUACCAUCGUUCACCACCUCCUCAAUUUUUCGGCUCAUCACUCGUUAGCCCGCAGGAAGAAAAGGAAAGAUCGUGUCACUCUGAUGGUAUCGUGAGGAAGUGCUCUUUCGCCUGGUGACCCAUGUAAAUAUUUGCUAGGAGUCUGGGUGGAGGAGGUUCACGCAAGCGGUUGCUGGUCUCUCCUGUGUGAUGUCAUACUCAUUACGGCAUUACGUCAGUUUUGCCGAAAAAGCGCCAUCAGCAGCCACAGUCGCAGCAGGUCUCUUGAAUCAACAUCACCUUGUGACGCGUGUUGUGAGUUCGACCACCUCGGCGGUACGUGCCUAAGAUUAUCGGUGAAGUGCUGCAGAGUGACUUCCGUGAGUGUAAGAGUGUCUGUCGCGCCAAAAAGGAAGCCCUGUCGAGAUGUGAUUCCACCCCCGUGGAUCUGCCAAGGGUGGACCAGGGUGAGAAAUGCGCUGGUGGACGUGUAGUAAAAGUGCUAUAAUGUCACCCAGAGGGUGAUGAAGACUUAGAUGUGCGCUCUCAAUCACAGACAGAUCACAAGUGUGUUCCCGCGAGUCCCCGUAAUCCACCCGUCAGCGCCUGACGUGUGCAGACCGACAAAAGUUGAGGGAAUGGGGGCUUAAUUGCGGCACCCACAGAUCCCAUCCUGUAAAUUCACCUGCAUGGAUUCCACAUCGACUCCCGCACUCUUAGAUGAUAUACUGACCACAACUGCACCACUGCUGGCCACCAACGCGACCCCCUCGACGAUCGCCAGUCUCCAAGCACCCCUGCUGCCCGGAAGCACCAACGCCGCCUUCAACGCCGUCACCACCAUAUUGCCCACCAACGGCACCGCCGUGCCCGAGAGUGACGCCUCCCCGAUCGCCUCCAUCUUCGUCAGCGUCGUGCUGCUGAUCGUUAUCUUGGGCACCAUUAUCGGCAACAUCUUGGUAUGCAUCGCAGUGGUGAAGGUGCGCAAGCUGCGCCGUCCGUGCAAUUACCUGCUCGUGUCGCUGGCCGUGUCGGAUCUGUGCGUGGCACUCUUGGUCAUGCCCACGGCCCUCAUCUACGAAGUAGUGGAGGACUGGCCCUUCGGCACCUUCUUCUGCGACAUGUGGGUGUCGUUCGACGUGCUCUCAUGCGCCGCGUCCAUCCUCAACCUGUGCGCCAUCUCCGUCGACCGCUACUGGGCUAUAACAAAGCCCCUCGAGUACGGCGUGAAGCGCACUCCGCGGCGGAUGUUGCUGUGCGUGGCGCUCGUGUGGCUGGGCGCCGCCUGCAUCUCGCUGCCGCCACUUCUCAUCCUGGGCAACGAGCACGAGACGGAAACGGGGGAGCCACAGUGUGCCGUCUGCCAGAACUUUGGCUACCAAAUAUACGCGACUCUUGGCUCCUUCUACAUCCCGCUCACGGUGAUGCUGUUUGUGUACUAUCGCAUCUUCAGGGCGGCGCGGCGAAUAGUGCUGGACGAGAAGCGCGCCCAGACGCACCUCGACAAGGCACUGAACGGCGGCACGCAGCAGGAGAAGCCCAAGGAGCCAGUGGGCGCCACGGCGCUGAUAGGGUCACCGCACCAGAAGAAGCUGCGCUUCCAGUUGGCAAAAGAGCGCAAGGCCUCCACGACACUGGGCAUCAUCAUGUCGGCCUUCACGGUGUGCUGGCUGCCCUUCUUCAUCCUGGCCCUCGUGCGGCCCUUCCUCGACGACAAUCACCCCGUGCCCAAGACCCUCUCGUCGCUCUUCCUCUGGCUCGGCUACGCGAACUCCCUCUUCAAUCCCAUCAUCUACGCCACACUCAAUCGCGACUUCCGGAAGCCAUUCCAAGAGAUCCUCUACUUCCGCUGCUCCAGCCUCAACGUCAUGAUGCGCGAGGAGUACUACCACAGCCAGUACGGCGAGCCGGCGUCGCAGCGAGUGGUGCUGGGUGGCGAGGGCCAGAAUGCGCGCGAGAGCUUCCUCUGAAAUCAGGAGCCUUGGUCCUGCCUCCUGCAGGAUCACACCUUCUAGGCCCGCGGCGGUGCGUUUGUGUGUGAAAUACAGUGAAGUGCGUAAACCGGGCGGCGUCCCCUAAUGUAUACUUCUGUUUUAUUACAUUCAUUUGCUUUCAAAAGACUUGUGAUUUUCGUAAAGAUUUUUUACAAAAGAAAGAAAGAAAGAGAGAGAAAGUUAUUGAGGAAUGUGUAAGGGUAUAUUUUUAAGUAAGAGACCGUGCAAAUGAGACCAAAUAUGUUUCUAUGGAGCAACACAAUACACUGAAUUUAUUUGAAUGUAUAGUGGAUGAUUAGUACCAUAUGUGGAUUUGAUGUUGUACAUUAUGACGCGUGAUGAGAUUCUGAGUAACAUAAGUCGCCCCUGAUGACUACUGUACUUUUAAUUGAUAGACACCCAGUUGGUAAAGUAUUGUAAUUACAAAUUUAUAUGUGUAUAUAGCAGAGGAAAGGAAAAUCAAUUUAGUGUAUGUCCUCAUAGUGAAUGAGAAAAUAUACUAUAAUAAUGUAGUCCUCUCUUCGUAGCAAUUUAAUGGACACGUCAUUUCAUAAGUAUAGGAAUUAACGGAGACGCAGCAAGUGUAGAAUCAUCACAGUUAUAGAUCGGGGUGGAUCAUUAAGUAAUUAUAAAUGCUGUCUGGUCAUUUUCAAUAUAAAUUCCUCAUUUUAAUUAUUAUUUCACUGACCAAAAUUCAUUAAUAUUAUUUUGUUAUGCAUGAGAAAAUAAUAUAAUCAGCUACCGCCCCUGUUAAUAUUACAUCUCUUUAUUUUCACUGGCAUUUCCAUCUUCCAGCAACAACCGUGAGUAUCUCGUGACAAUUCUAUUUGAAUUGUUAGUCGACGCAUUUUAAUCUGAUGAUUAAUUUUAUUAAUUUUAAUUUGGACAAUGGCAUAUAGUUGUAUGACUUUGUUAUUACCAAAGUAAUUUCAAUCACAAAUUACUCCUAUUACAAUCGCGUGACGUGUAAAAGUGUUCCAGCAGUUCAAUUUGUAUUUAACGCAUUGAUUUGUUUAUUUUUAUCUCAAAUCUGACUGGAAAUUUGAAGUGUGAAAAUCUGACUUAUGACUGCGGAAUGAGUGAUGUGCAUAAAAAUGCUGCAAUGGAUCAUCUUGGCACUUUUGCACGUCACUGACACGAGGAACAGCUUCAUAAUAGAAAAAUUUAUUAUUGAUGACAUCAAUCAAUGAGAAGAGAUAUAACAUAGUUCCCUCCAUAUAAACCAUAGUAAAUAGUCAUGCACUCAUUCUGGGCGAAAAAGUGGGUUUAGAAGAGAAAGAGGGCUUUUGUGAUAUUUAAUAUGGCCAAAUUUUGGCACUCAACCAGAAUAGAUUCUGCAAGGAGGAGAAUUAAUAAUACUUCAACCUUCACUUAAUGGAUACUUUAAAUGCUGAAAGAAUUCUUAUGCACGCCUCUUGAACAUACCAAAAACUAAACAUAUUCACACACAACACACCCUACAUAUUAUUCAAAUGGUGAAAGAGUGUGUGAGAGAAUUUGAAGCGUCCCAGCGAAUGGGGAUGUGCUGAAAUUUCCCACAACAUAAAUCUUUCACUCACAAGAAUUGCAUAUAAAUCACCAAAAAAAAAGGAAAACGAAACCACCAAAGAAGGCGCUCUAUUCAAGAAGGAAGAAAGUAAAACCUAAAAGAUAUCAUGACUCUGGUGCUGAUGAUUAUUUGAUAGUUGGAAUGGAUAAAGUUUGAUGAGGAGUUGUUGCAUAUUUUAUUAUAGAGAAAUUUCCUUAGCGAGAAAAAAAUAUUUAUACAAAUGUAUAAUCCAAAAAUAGUAAACUGUUUGCUUUUCUCGCAUUUCGUUGCGUUGAUUAUCUCUGUUAUAGUGUUCUUGUUUCUUCUCUCUAUUGAUUAAUUUGCAAUUCUAAGGGGUUCUACAAACUAUUCAGAGAGAGAGACAAGGGAGAAAGGAAUCGAAAAGUAAUUGUUCGAGCUAAAUAUCUUCUUAUAAACUCUAUGAGGGAGUGUCUCCGGCAUGGAAUUGUAUCGUCUAUGACAUAGGCAUUAUACCAUUUCUUAGUGGAGCAAACACACAACAGCAGCUUUAUCAUCAUUAAAAUGAUUGUAAGAGAGAAAUCUUUUUUGUUAAGGGGAAAUUAUACUGUGACACAUUUUUUCCACGCUAUAUCGUUAAGUUGUAAAGAAACAGUAAGUAAAACUCUUGUAAGGAAUGUAUGUAAAUCCGUGACACGAAAGAAAAAAACUUAGCUUAAACUUCUCGAAAAGAAAUACAGAGUAACUUUACAAAACACAACACAGGGGAUGAAUUUUAAUGUAAUGAAAAUGCAAUAGUAGAAUAUACAAUUUGCCAUAGAAGGAAGAUAAAAAAAAACGUUAAAAACCACUAAAUUAUAAAACUGUCAACAGAUUGUUAAUGAAGAGCGUAAGAGUGUAGGUAAAGAAGUUUCUAUUUAUUCAUAAAUGUUCCUUUCAAUUCUGGCGUUCUUAACUUUGACGUAAACAGAUUUUAAUUGUAACUACGUUUAGAAUUAAAGAAAAUGAUGCAAAAUCCGUAUUUUAAUUGUGACUCAGUGAAAGUUCCAGAACCUACGAUAUAACCUACUAAAGCAAAGCAAAGAAGAGGGAACGUCAUAAGCAAAUAAGAAUUUGUGUAAUGUGAAUUUUGAUUAAUGAAGGAGACAAUCUGAGCGUGAGUGGAAAGAGAAAAAAAAAACAAUUGAUAGACGUUUAUAGUCAUGUAAAUUAAUUUAUUAUUUAGUGACAUGGAAAAAAAAGAGAGAGUAAAAGUACGAACGAGCAGAAGAAAACACAAAAAGUUAAAAAGAAAAUUUAACAACUACGAA